AUGGUUGGGUUCACCACUGUCCUCAAGACUCUACCAGCGCUGGCUGCCAGCGCUCUUGCCAGUGUCAACUAUCCCACUAUCCCCACAGACUUGACCACUCCUGUCCAGCAGCGUUUGGCUGUCUAUGGACCUAACUCUGUCUCCGUUGGUUGGAACACAUACGAACAACUGAAUCAGAGCUGCGUGACAUACGGUACCUCGGCAGAUGACUUGAGUUCUAAAGCUUGUUCCACCGGAUCGAGCACGUACUCGACUUCGCGGACAUGGUCUAGCGCAGUGGUGUUGACUGGUCUUACUCCGGCCACCACCUACUACUACAAGAUUGUCUCGACUAACUCCACUGUGGAUCACUUCCUCAGUCCCCGUACCCCUGGAGACAAGACUCCUUUCAAUCUCGAUGUCGUGAUUGACUUGGGAGUUUAUGGCGCUGAUGGUUUCACCAUCUCCUCGACCAACUCCAAGAAGGAUACCAUUCCCUAUGUUCAGCCCGCGCUGAACCACACCACUAUCGGCCGCCUUGCCGACACUGUGGAUGACUAUGAAAUCAUCAUCCACCCCGGUGACUUUGCCUACGCUGAUGACUGGUACUUGAAGCUCGCAAACCUCUUCGAUGGUACCGAGGCCUACCAGUCCAUCCUGGAACAAUUCUAUGACCAGUUGGCACCUAUCGCUGCUCGCAAGCCUUACAUGGCCAGCCCAGGUAACCACGAAGCGGACUGCUCCGAGAUCCCAUAUCUUCUUGAGCUCUGCCCAGAAGGCCAGAAGAACUUCACCGAUUUCAUGCACCGCUUCGAGAAGACCAUGCCCACUCCAUUCAGCUCGUCGUCAACCAACACCACUGCUCAGGCAUUAGCCACUCAGGCCCAGAGUUACGCGCUUCCCCCGUUCUGGUACUCCUUCGAAUACGGCAUGGCACACAUUGUCAUGAUCAACACCGAGACCGACUUCACUGAUGCUCCUGACGGCACCGAUGGCUCAGCCGAACUCGACAGCGGACCUUUCGGCAAGCAGGGACAGCAGCUCGAGUUCCUGAAGGCUGAUCUUGCCAGCGUUGACCGCACUGUCACUCCUUGGCUGAUUGUCGCCGGCCACAGGCCCUGGUACAGCACCGGUGGCUCGGACAACAUCUGUGACUCCUGCCAGGAUGCCUUCGAGGAGCUUUUCUACACGUAUGGUGUUGACUUGGGUGUCUUCGGACACGUGCACAACUCGCAGCGAUUUACCCCCAUCUAUAAUGGCACUGUUGACUCCGCCAACUUGACCGACCCCAAGGCUCCUAUGUACAUCAUCGCUGGUGGCGCGGGUAACAUCGAGGGUCUGAGCGAUGUUGGAACUGAGCCUGAUUACACUGAGUUUGCUUAUGCGGACGAUUACAGCUAUGCCACUCUGAAAUUGUUGGAUGAGCAGCAUCUGCAGAUUGAUUUCAUUCGGUCAUCGACUGGUGCGGUUCUGGAUAGCAGUACCCUUUACAAGUCGCACACGACUCAAUUUGUGGUGCAAUAG